CAUUUUCUAUCGCAAGCAAUAAAGCCCGCGUGAUAUUAGCAUAUUACGUAAGAGUGCCGAGGGAGAAAGCACACGGAGAGGGUGUGGUCGCCAUUGAUCGUUUUCAGCACAGCUACGCCGGACGUGCUUUUCUCUGUUUCUCCGUGUCCUGCACGAUGUCUGAGGCCAGCGACGCACAGAUUUCCGAUACUGAUGUACAAUGUGCCCAAGGUCCUCAACAGCCCCUGUCCUUGACCGCCAGGGACGUCUCAGCUAUAGUGAAAGCAGGAGUAUCUGAGGCCCUCGGUUCUUUCCAGUCGCACUUCGACAAAGUUAUAGCCGAACGUAAGCUCGAAAGCGAAAAGGCGCUGCAGCAAGUUCAGUCCCUGAAACGAGCGAGUGAGUUACAAUUUCGUUUCAAAGGUAACCGUACGCAAUUCGAGUUCAACGAGAAAAUAGCUCAAAGCAUCGAAGCCGCUAAAAAAUUGUUUCAGGAGAAUUCCUCAGCUGCCGCUCAGGAAUCCCUUACAGACGCGGUUGCAGAAUUGCGUAAGAGGAACAAACUCAUCCGUCUUGCAGACAAGUCAGAGGCAGGUUGGGCUGCCGUCGACGAAUACGUCAGUGAUGAGUUGGCAGAUGACUCAGAAGAUGAAAAGCGAAUCCGCUCGGCUCAAUCUCGGGCCUUGGCCAAACGCAAGAGAGCCAGGGCCUCAUCUAACCCGAAGUCGGCCCAAGAGAAAAAGCGCCUGGCUUCAGCAUCACCGGCUAAUCCAGAUAGUCUUUUUCGCAACUAUAGUGGCCAGUAUAGAUCGACGACUCGUCCCCCAUACGGCGCCAGCUUUGUGUCAGCAGCAAGAUCCUCCGACAUCUGCUUCAGAUGCGGAAAAACGGGCCAUUGGAGGAAAGACUGCGCUGGCAUCCAAUCCAGUGGCACCAAAGACGUCAGUCCCCGGUAGACCAACGACAGCAGAAGACACAGGGUACUUGGAGCGGAGGACGGAUCCUCGGUACGAUGAGUUCUAUUUAGACAACUAUUAUGAUUACGAACAGGGU